AUGGCUCCUAUAACCACCCUCCUCUUCGAUUGUGACAACACUCUCGUACUCUCGGAAUCCCUCGCCUUCGAGGCUUGUGCCGAUCUCGCCAAUGAAAUCCUCUCCGCUCGCGGUAUCAAUGACCGCUACACAGGUCCACAACUCUUACACGAAUUCGUCGGACAGAAUUUCCGCGGUAUGAUUGGAAGUCUCAAGAAAAAAUAUAAUUACGAAAUGGAUGAUGCCGAAUUAGAAAGCUACGUGAGUAAAGAAGAAGAUAAAGUGAUUGGAAAACUCAAGGCUGCUCUUAAACCCUGCGAGGGUGUCGAUGAAGAAUUGAUCCGUCUUGAGAAAGAAGGAACAUAUAAAAUGGCUGUUGUAUCUUCCAGUGCUUUACGUAGAGUUAAAGCUUCGGUAGAGAAAGUUGAUCAGGCGAAAUAUUUUGGUGGGGAGAUUUAUAGCGCUGCGAGUAGUUUGCCCAAACCAACGAGUAAACCUGAUCCGGCGGUUUAUAUUUUUGCAAUGGAGAAAUUGGGUGUCAAGCCAAAGGAAUGUGUGGCGAUUGAGGAUAGUAAGAGUGGUGCUACGGCAGCGGUUCGAGCGGGCAUUUUCACGGUGGGUUAUGUGGGGAGUUAUGAGUUGGAUGAGAGGGAGAGGAUGGAGGGCGUUUUGUUGGAGGCCGGUUGUAAGGUUAUUAUGAAGGAGUGGAAAGAGUUUAAGGGCAUCUUAGAGAAGGUUCAAAAUGGGGGGUUAGAGAAUUAG